AUGUUUUUUUUUCAUUCCAUCCCAUCUAGCACCAUUCAUCACCAACACCACAACCCACCACCUUCGCCACCCACCAUCACCACCACCGACGCUAUCGUCGCCUCCACCCGCAACCCGCCAACGCCUCCACCCGCAACCCGUCAACGCCACUCACCCGCCACUGUUGCCUCCCACCGCCGCCACCAACCACCAUCGUCGCCGCCGCCACUCACCGCCACUGUCGACACCACCACCACAGCCACAACCAACCAACCACCGCUGCCGCCACCAGCCACCGCUACCUCUGCCUCCACGCACCCCCCGGUCACCACCACCCGCCAUCGCCGCCUCCACCGCCACUCGCCGCCGCCGCCACCACCAUCCACUGCCGCUGCCACCCAUAAUCACUACCAUCGACCGCCACCAUUCCCCGUUGAUUUUAUUCCUUCAUUAUGA